AUGAAUCAUUAAGCAACCAAGCAGGACUUUUAUGAACUGGAAGUUCAAAUAACUUAUUAAAUCAAACAUUUUGCGUAUUGUUAUAUAUUGAUAAGUGAAAACUUAAAUAUUAGCAUAUACCAGUUUAAACAUGUAAAUUCUUUCUAUAGAUUGGAUUAUUGUGAGAGAUAAAUAAAAGUUAGUUAAUUUGAUUUAAUUUUGAAACAAAAGUACAAAUGCGAAGUAAAAUUAUCUGAGGAUUCUCAUUAUUAUGCCUUUGAAAUCAGAGUUUUCAAUUCAGUGCAACAUAAAAAUUAAAACUAUUAUUUACAAAAAGAUACUGUUUGA